AUGACGAACCUCGCUCCCUCCUCGUCCGGGCUGCUGCCGAUGGCUGGCGCGCCCUCGUCGUCGUGGGUGGCUAGGUUGGGUGCCUUUGCUCGGCAGGUCGAGACGAGGGUCCUCGUUGCCUUUUGGCUCCUCGGUAUGCCCCCUUUGCUCUGUGCUCGAUCGGUGUUGUUGGCUGACGGUGGCGGGGUGGGAUGGGCAGGGCUGAUCAACAACGUCCUCUACGUCAUCAUCCUCUCGGCGGCACAGGACCUCGUCGGCUCGAUGCCCAAGGGGAUCGUCCUCCUCGCCGAUGUAGUGCCGUCCUUUUUCGUCAAGCUCACGGCGCCAUAUUUCAUCCACCUCGUGCCGUACCGGGUGCGCGUUGUCGUCCUCGUCGCCCUCUCGGCCACGGGCAUGCUCGCGGUGGCGCUGACGCCGGCCGAUGGCUCCGCGGGCCGCAAGAUGGCGGGCAUCGUGCUCGCGAGCAUGAGCAGCGGCGGCGGCGAGCUCAGCUUCCUCGGCUUGACGCACCACUACGGGCCGGUGAGCCUCGUCGGCUGGGGCUCGGGCACCGGUGCCGCCGGCCUCGUCGGCGCCGGCCUGUACGUGGUCCUGACGCAGCGGUGGGGGUUUGGCGUUCGGGGCAGCCUGCUUCUCUCGGCGUGCCUGCCCGUCGUCAUGCUCGUCAGCUUCUUCGUCGUCCUGCCGCGCGAUGCCCUCGGCUACGGCCGGCCCGGCAAGGACUACGAGCCGGUCCCGGAGGGGGAUGCGGCCGAGGAGGAGAUGCGAGGCAUGGCGCGGGGGGCCGCGUCGUCGGCGCUGCUGGCGCCGGGACCGUCGAGCACGCAGGCGGCGGGCUCGGUCGGGGCGAAGCUGAGGCGCGUCCGAGGGUUGAUGGUGCCGUACAUGCUGCCCCUGCUGCUCGUGUACGUGGCCGAGUACACGAUCAACCAAGGCGUGGCGCCGACGCUGCUCUUCCCCGUCGAGUCGUCGCCUUUUGAGGAGCUUCGCGAGUUUUAUCCCUUUUACGGCUUCCUCUACCAGCUCGGCGUCUUCCUCUCGCGCUCGUCGACGCCCUUUCUGCGCAUCCACCGGCUCUACGUGCCGUCGAUGCUGCAGGUCGGCAACCUCGUGCUGCUGACGCUGCACGCCCUCUUCUUCUUCCUGCCGUCGGUCCACGCCGUCUUCCUCGUCAUCUUCUGGGAGGGCCUGCUCGGCGGGGCCGUCUACGUCAACUGCUUCGCCGAGAUGAUGGACGAGGUGCCGGCCGAGGAGCGCGAGUUUAGCCUCGGCGCGGCGACGGUGAGCGACAGCGCCGGCAUCUGCCUCGCGGGCAUGGUGAGCAUCGUCGUGGAGCCGAGACUGUGCGACUAUCAGGCCGCUCACGGCCGGGAAUGGUGCCGACAGAUCAAGGCGCGGCGGAGGCAUGGGCGCAGAAGCGGAUGA